UGUGACGCAACGCAGAGUCCUUGUCGGAGCGCUGCUCCAGUCCUCCAACUGCCAUUCAGGCUUUACAUUUCAAACUUUCACUGUGCCCCCCACCCCCGGUGACUUCUGUCCCGUUAGUGGAGUCCUCCUUCCGGGGCUCCCCAGGUGAAUACACAGGGAUAACGCCCAGUCGGCCGCUCCAGGGGGAUGACUGGAAGAAGCUGGGUGCUCCAGAGAAACCGGCGGUUCUGACGGUGCUGUUUUAAGAGGUGCAGCCCUCCAUAAAACACUAUGAUGUCUGCUGUAGAGACUGGUGUGUACCAGCCCGCGCAGCUUCUCAGCUGGGUCUAUAUGUCUUUACAAGACACGCCGAGCAGCGCUUUCGACGGCUUCAAAGUCGAGUCGGACUCCUCUCCUCAGGACGUGAACAGCUCCAAGCGCGGCGCUGCUGAUCUGAGCUCCAACUGUCUCAACAACUUCUUCCAUCUGAGCAGUGAGGCCUUGAAUAAUAAUUUCUACAAGAGGUCCUCGCCUUAUGGAUCCCUCACCAAUAUUGUGGAUGGCCUGAGCUCAUUGGCGGACCAUUUCUCAGACCUCUCCCUAUCUCCAGAGACACGCAAGCCCAGCAAAAGGCCGCCACCUAACUACUUGUGCCACCUUUGUUUCAACAAAGGACACUACAUCAAAGACUGCCCUCAGGCUCGGCCCAAAGGUGAGGGCCUGACCCCAUAUCAGGGAAAAAAGAGGUGUUUUGGAGAAUAUAAAUGUCCAAAAUGCAAGAGGAAGUGGAUGAGCGGGAACUCCUGGGCCAACAUGGGACAAGAAUGUAUCAAGUGCCACAUUAAUGUUUACCCUCACAAGCAGAGACCUCUGGAGAAGCCGGACGGCUUGGACGUGUCCGACCAGAGUAAGGAGCAUCCACAACACCUGUGUGAAAAAUGCAAAGUCCUCGGCUACUACUGCCGUCGAGUGCAAUAACACACUCAGCUCGCCCUGCAUACUCCUCCAAAGCUUUAUCAGAUACACACACAGCUACUACAGCUAUAUAUUACUUACUAAAAAUACAACAAUUGUACAGUAAUGCAUCUCAUCGUUUAUACUCAUGAAAUACCCUCUGACUCAGUGGGUUCAUUAAUAUUUCUCAGUGGAGAUGAGUACUUUGUGUUUGCUGGGUUCUUGUAAGCUACUCAGUUUUCAUUAUUAUGUGAAUAUUCAGUGCAAGUCUGAACUUUGAGCCAACUGUGAAUUAAGAAACUUCUGCUCUUUCUUCACUCGUGAGUGACGUCUUGGAACGGCUUUCAGAUAAAGAUUCUCUUUUACAUGUGUGUAUAUUUCAGAAAUAACAAAUGUUUUUGUAUAAAAUAUGCAAGUCUUUACCAAGAUGGUUAUGCAGUAUUAAUGUAUAUCUGCCUUGUUCUCUGUAUUAUUAGUACUGGUGGGUACAUCACUUUUUUUAAUAUAUGUUUUAAGCCAUACUAUUUUGUUGAAUAUUACUCUUUGUUAAGGAAUAUAUCAGCCAACUAACAUUAAGUCCUUUUGUACUAUGUGCUACAAUUUAUGGUGAAAACAGUCAUCAGGUAGUUUGUCAGUCCAAAGUUUGAAACAAAUAUUCAGUACUGUAGAAACAUUUUAUAUUCUAACAGUAAUCAGCAGCACCCAGUGCUAAAAGCCUCACCAAAGUGCUUAUGGUCAUGAUGUAUUAUAUAAUAUGUGACAAAAAAAAAAGUAUGAAUGUAACAAAGGUCAUAAAGGUUUAAGUGAAGGGUUGCAUGCAAGUGUUGCUUUUCAGGGUAUUUUUCACUGGACUCGUUGCUAAUAAAUGAAUAUGGAACAGAAAUACCCUUUACCUUCUAAAGUGCUUAAGAUGUAGGAAAUGCAAUUUCAUGUGCCUUAAUUUGUAUAACC